AUGGAAGACUGGACCGAUAGAAAAUCAAAAACCAUUAGUGACCAAAAGUUUUGGCAGUCUAUUAAUAUAUUAAUAACAAAAUCUCAUGUUGUAAAUAAAAGGUUGUGGGGUUCGACAAUUUUGAAGAAACAUUAUAUUAAAACAAAAAAUUGUGGUUGGGAUGACAACUUUGAAAAAUAUGAAUUAAAAAUAGUUACAAAUACGGAAGAAUUUCUUAAUGAACUAUCCCAAAAAAAUAAUUUUCAAAUUACUGAUCAUGCAGCUGAAUUAGAAAUUAUGUUGUUAGAACUUCUUCCUAAAAGUUACUUUGAAUCACAUGCAUUUCAAAUGAUUUGUAUCAAUAAACUUAAGAAAAAAGUAACAUUUUAUGAUAUUACACCUCAACAACUUGCACAAAAAUUAUGUCCAACAUUUCCGUAUAGUUUCCUCUUAAAAGAUAAUGAAAUUAUUUUAAUCAGUCCUGACAAUACUAUGAAGUCUUAUUUUUGGUUGAAAGAUACAGUCUUACCCCAACUUAUAAAGUGGAGUGAAGAAUUAUCUACAAAGCCAGUACCUAUUUGUAGUGAAUCUUUAGCACUUGUUGGAAAUGAAAAGUAUUACACAAAAUACAACCUUCUUAAAAUGAAGUAUGGAAAAGAGAUGGUUAAGAUCUGGCCAGAGAGUACAGAUCCAUUAAAGUUUGUGUAUGAAGAUGUAGCUAUUGCCACAUAUUUACUGCUCUUAUGGGAAGAUUACAGUCACCCUCAAACAUUUGCUGAUAUUGGUUGUGGAAAUGGACUUCUUGUUUAUAUAUUGAUUAUGGAAGGACACACUGGAUUUGGAGUUGAUGUAAGAAAAAGGAAAAUAUGGGAUAUGUAUCCUGAUAAAGUUGAAUUAAAAGAAUAUACCAUAACUCCUUUAAACAUAGAUAUAUUUUCCAAAGUAGACUGGGUCAUUGGUAACCAUUCUGACGAACUUACACCAUGGAUACCAGUAAUUGCAGCAAAAUCUUCCUAUAACUGUAAGUUCUUCCUCCUACCUUGCUGUGCUUAUAACUUUGAUGGUACUAAAUAUAGAAGAAAAGAUUCAUCAAAAAGCCAAUACACAGAAUAUUUGCAACAUAUAAAAGAACUAUGUGAAUAUUGUGGAUUUGAGACACAAGUAGACAGAUUGAAAAUUCCAAGUACAAAAAGAAUAUGCUUUGUUGGUCAAACAAGAAGUUACAAUGAAAAUGAACAUAUAAAUAAAAUUACUUUAAUCCAAGACUUAGUUAAUGAAGAUAUUGGCUUAGGAAAAGACGCAACUAAUCUAAGUGAUUUUAAAACUAGAGAAGCUAUAGAAAAAGUAAAAAAUUGCACACAGAUAGAUAAGAGUACUAUUGACAUAAUAGUUAAACAAAUUACUAACUUUUUGCUUGAAGAUUGUAAUUUAGAGCAAAAUUGGUCAAGAGGCAAAAAAGCUGAAAUAAAUGAACUUGUUCAACUUAUAUCACCUGAUAAUUUAAAAAUCUUAAAAUCUGAAUGUGGUGGACUACAGACUUUACUCAAAAAUAAUCAUAGUAUCUUUGAGGUUCGAAAUGGCACAGUGCAGUUAAGGUAUCCCAGAACUGUAGAUGAAAUGAUGAAAAACAAAAGAAAGAAAAACAAUGAAACUUUAAAAAUUAAAGUCAAACAGUGUUGGUUUUAUAAAAACCAUCCACAAGGGUGUCCUUUAGAAAAUUCACUGUGCAGUUUUUUACAUGAAAAUCAG